GAAACUUCUCGACUGCCACAUCUGGAAGAGGAUUGUUUUAUUAUAAAACGAGUGCGCGGUGGGCAGUUCCCGUUCAAUCGUUUGAGAGAAAUAUCAGAGUGAACUGAAUAACGGUGAAUCAAAAGGCAAAUUUUUCUUUUUUGAAGGUCAACUGAUUUCGAUUAAAAGGCAGCUUUUAAGCUUGAUAAAUAAACUAAGAUAAACUGAGACGGAAUAACGCAGAUUAUAUUUGAAAUUUCAUCGAGAGGUAAAAAAGGUGCGAACAAUGGGGAAAGACUUCUAUAAAAUUCUUGGCGUAUCGAAAGGGGCCAGCGAUGAUGAGAUUAAGAAAGCGUACCGUAAGUUGGCACUGAAAUACCAUCCGGAUAAAAACAAGAGUCCCCAGGCCGAGGAACGAUUCAAAGAGGUGGCGGAAGCCUACGAAGUGUUAUCGGAUAAAAAGAAACGCGACAUUUACGAUCAGUAUGGUGAGGAUGGCUUGAAAGGAGGACUUGGUGGUGGCGGAAGCAGUGACGGAAAUGGAUCGUUCAAUUAUCAAUUUCAUGGUGAUCCGCGAGCGACAUUCGCACAGUUCUUUGGAACAAGUGACCCAUUUGGAAUGUUCUUUGGCAACGAUGGAGGCGGUUCGAAUGUUUUCUAUCACGAAAUUGGUGGCGAUAUGGAUGAUCCGUUUGGAUUCGGUGGCCGAGGUGGAAUGGGCGGAGGAUUCCCUGGUGCGUUCAGAUCACAAUCCUUCCACGCGCAAGGACAACCUAACCGAAAGCACAAAAUACAAGAUCCUCCAAUCGAACACGAUUUGUACGUAACGUUAGAAGAUGUUAACAGUGGAUGCCAUAAAAAAAUGAAAAUCUCCAAAAUGAUCAUGGAACAUGAUGGAUCGGCACGAAAGGAAGAAAAGAUACUGAACAUCAACGUAAAACCGGGAUGGAAAGCUGGAACCAAAAUAACUUUCCCGAAGGAGGGUGACCAAACGCCAGGGAAAAUCCCCGCCGAUAUAUCGUUCAUCAUCCGUGACAAGCCACAUCCACACUUCAAGCGGGAGGGCAGCGAUAUUAAGUACACGGCGAAAAUUUCGCUGCGUCAGGCUCUCUGUGGCACCGUGGUGAAUGUUCCGACACUUACGGGCGAUACGCUAAACAUUAACGCUAGCAGAGAAAUUUUGAAACCAAACACCGUGAAAAGGCUGCAAGGUCGAGGUCUUCCCUACCCUAAGGAACCGUCCCGAAAAGGCGAUCUGCUAGUAGCGUUCGAUAUUCAUUUCCCCAACCAGCUGAACCAGAACGCCAAGGAUAUCCUCUCAGAUUUGCUUCCCAUGGACGUAAGCGCGUAAGGAAUGUUCUGGAGCAACGGAAGGUACGUCACACAUACGGGCGCGUGACGAUUGUUCUCUCGAAGCAUCUUUUCAGUAUGCGAUUGCGUCACGAAAAGAGGAGAGAAAAAUGUAAAUAGGAAUGAGCGAGAGAGAGAUUUUCCGAAUGCAACGAGCGAAUUUAAAUCAUAUAAAGAGCGAAUAGCUUUGAUGUGUGAGCAGGUGAAACCGUUAGACAUUGGUCGUCAUUGAUAAAUCUUCAAACAGCUGUGUAUAUUACCUAGUUUCCAAUAAGAACGUUGUAAAUGUGUCCAUGAAUGAAUGCGAGAAAGACUGAGAUCAAAAUUAAUUUUAUUAAUUUAGCUAAUGCUUGCGCGGAUCCGCACAAGGGUCUGAGACAGAAAUAUUCUAGUUGAUAUUUAGCAACAGAGUGAAAGUGUUUGUAUCAAAAUACUGUUUGCGAUUGAUAUACGAAUAAGUUUGAUUCAUUAGAAACAAUUGUACGAAGCAAAUUUGCUGUAAAUAUCGAAAUUGUUAAAUGUUAUUUAAAUUGGUACGUUAUAGUACGACACGUAUAACCAAAAAUAUAGGAUAGAGGAAUAAUAAAAAGUAUAUUGAAGUGAAA